UUGUCCAUUUUCAAUAUUGUUUUGUACCCUUUUCUGACCUUUUCCUUCUCAACAUUCUGCACCAAAAAUAACACCCAUAAUUACUUUUACUUCCUUGGUCUGGCUGAAGGAAACAGAAUGAUUGCGUUGGUUUCUCUCCACCGAGCAGUUCUGUUAAUUUUUAAUGAGCUGCCUCAGUCACAUUUGGCAGUGGGGUGGAAAGCCUCGGAGAUGACCCAUUUCUGCAAACUUCAGGAACAGAGAUGUGUGGGUUCAGAACACCCUUUUUCGUGUGCCUGGCUGCCAAAUACUCCCGUGGAACACGCAGCUGCAGCUCAGAAAAGGAAGGUGCCUCGCUCUGCAGGAGUUUUCCUUUCAGUUCUCAGCGGGGCUGCCCUGUUGGUGUUUGGGGAGCCGGUUUGCGGUUGUGCAAAGCGGGCGCAGCAGAAGGUGUGAUCGCAGCGGGGUCAGCGCCGCUUCCGCCUUCGGCGCUCCCCGGGCACUUGUUCAUCGGCUGCUGCCUUGCAGAACAGUUUGUUCUUUCCGGUGGAGCCUGCAGCAACGCGGGGUCCCGUCAAAAAGAAGAAAUACAGGUUCCCGCUGCAGCCUUGCACUGCCUAGGAAUUUCCAGCUUGUACAAAUCAGCUCCGGGGUUGAAAGAAGUGAGAUAUAUAAAGCUGGAAAUGUCUGUGUAUUUUAUCAGAUGGUACCUUGCAGAAUUUGAUAGGAUUGUCCACCUGUGUAAGUAA